ACUUUUUGGGAACAUGAUGUAUUAUGAGUCCUAUGUUGCGUCUGCUACACAUGUUUUGGAAGGUGGAGAAGAACGCAUGAAGAUGGAGCUAGCUAAAAUAAUACUUAAUAACCAUAGCACUGAUGAAUUGCUGGUUGGAGCUGUACAAAGACACUUCAUAGCUGAGAAUCUGUUGAGUGACCAGCAUCAAGAUCAACGACUUUUCAGGUGGCGCCAGCGUAACUCAUAUGUGGACUACACUUUCAAGGAAAGGAUGAAGGAGUAUGAAGCAAACAGCUCAGAGGACGACGAGGCUGAAUCAAGCGUAAGCACUAGAUUAUUUGAGGAGGACUCUCUGGCCUGUAUACUUGGCACUCCAGGGAGCAACAUGGAGAUGAGCAAGUCCCCUGAGCACAAAGGAGGCACUGUCCUUACGAGACGAGAGCUGCACGUUCACCGGAUAAGUCACCGGCAUGGACGUCACGAGCAUGCUGACAAAGCUGCUGUGUUAUGAUGGUGGCCUUAGCGGUGUCGUGGAAGAAAGUUCAGUUCAGGCUUGUAGAUGUGCAUGGAGUUGUAAUUUGUAGGGGAGUUGUGUUUAGAAGUG